AUGGCCGAGUUUGUCCUGAAUCAGAACCUGCCUGACCUGGGUGGCCCUCGCCUGUGCCCGGGCCCGGCCGGGAGUGCCCGGAGCCCGAGCUCGACCUACUCGGUGGAGACGCCCUACGGCUUCCACUUAGACCUGGACUUCCUCAAGUACGUGGAGGAGCUGGAGCGCGGCCCCGCCGCUCGCCGCGGAGCGCCUCAGGUCGCCGACGGAGUGCCCCGGCCCCGGGAAGAGAACGCCGAGGCCGUGCCGGAGACUCAGGAGGCCGGCGUGGCGGCAUCUCCGGAAACCCGGGAUGCCAGCGUGGAGGCAGCGCCGGAGACCUUGGAGGCCAGCGUGGAGGUAGUGCCGGAAACCCGGGAGGCUAGCUUGGAGGCGGCCCCCGAGACCGUCGAGGUGGACGUGUGGGUCACGGAGGCGCUGCUCGGGCUGCCCGAGGCCGCCGAGCGCGAGCUGGAGCUGCUGCGCGCCGGCCUGGAGCACCAGCGCGGGGUGAACGAGCUGCUGCGGGGCCGGCUGCGCGAGCUGGAGAAGGCCCGCGAGGCAGCGGUGGCGGAGGCUGUGGCUUGGGCCCGGCCGUGCGAGGUCGCCACCCAGACACCGUGGAGCUGCGCCGAGAAGGCCACGCAGACCGAGACCUCCGCAGACGCCCCCUCCCUGACGCCGGAGAGCCUGCCUGGGCCCGCGGAGGGGCCCCCGGCCACGGCCCCCGCAGGCGCCCUCAAAUCUAUCAUGAAGAAAAGAGACGGCGCACCUGGCUCCCAGCCUAGCCCUGGCCCCAAAAGCCUGCAGUUUGUUGGGGUCCUCAACGGAGAGUACGAGAGCUCCUCCAGCGAGGAUGCCAGCGACAGCGACAGCGAGGAUGGCGCUGCUGAGCCCCGGCAGAGCAGCUCCUCGGGCUCGGGAGACGACAGCGGCGGAGGACUGGAUUCGGGCAUGGCGGGCCCUCCCAGCGGCGGGGAGGCGGGUGACUCCGAGGCGGAGGCGAAGGCUGAGCCUCAGCCCGGGGCGGAUGGGAGGUGCGAGCUGAGCCCACGCUUGAGGGAGGCGUGCGCAGCGCUGCACCGGCAGCUGAGCCGGCCCCGCGGCGUGGCCCGCGAUGGCGGCGCGUCGCGCCUAGUAGCCCAGGAGUGGUUUCGAGUUUCGAGCCAGCGGCGCUCUCUGGCGGCGCCCGUGGCCUCAAUGCUGGGCGCGGUAGCGCGCCUGGGACCCAAGCUGCUGGCACACGUGGUGAACCUGGCAGACGGCAACGGGAACACGGCUCUGCACUACAGCGUGUCCCAUGGGAACCUGGCCAUUGCCAGCCUGCUGCUGGAUACGGGGGUCUGUGAGGUGGACCGACAGAAUCGAGCCGGCUACUCAGCCCCCAUGCUGGCUGCGCUCACCUCCGUGGGGCGGGAAGAGGACAUGGCUGUGGUCCAGAGGCUCUUCCAUAUGGGUGACGUCAAUGCCAAGGCCAGCCAGACAGGGCAGACGGCCCUCAUGCUGGCCAUCAGCCACGGCCGCCAGGACACGGUGGCAGCUCUGCUGGCGUGUGGGGCCGACGUGAACGCACAGGACGCAGAUGGGGCCACGGCACUGAUGUGCGCUAGCGAGUAUGGGCGCCUGGACACUGUUCGGUUGCUGCUGGCUCAGCCAGGCUGUGACCCUGCCAUCCUGGACCAUGAGGGCACCAGUGCCCUGGCCAUCGCCCUGGAAGCUGAGCAAGAGGAGGUGGCUGCGCUGCUGCACACCCAUCUGAGCUCAGGCCAGCCUGGGCCCCCGUCACCCUUCGACUCCCCCACGGACAUGGCUGAAGGACACAGGGACAGUGGAGAGGACCCCCAGCCUCAGUGA